UAAAACUGUUUUUAAACUCAAUCCAGAGUAACAAUGCGGAAAUUGCAUGCUGCUUUAGUGUUAUUGGUUCUACUUUUAUCGGGCUUGUACAUAUCUUUCGUCGCGUUUAACGAUAUUAGCCGAACCUAUCGAAAUUUUGAUAGAUUUGAUAACGAGACGGGAAACAAAAACGGUUGCUACAUUGUUCCCAACAUAGUUCAUUUUCUGCGGUUUAACAAUCCAGUUUUAAAAUUUACCGAAGCCGUCUGUUUGCUCGCCGCCUUCAAGAACCAGCGUCCCGAAAAAAUUAUGGUACACACUAACGUAAACCAAACUGGGAAGUAUUGGAAAAUCGUGAAAUCCUUGCCGGGUCUGAGUGCAGUUCUCAUGUUUGUCAAAGUCGACAUACCAGAAGAAAUAUUUGGCCAGAAACUAAACCCUGGAUGGAAAGCUUUCCACGCAAGCGAUGUGACGAGGAUCAGGAUAUUGAUGGAAUAUGGAGGGAUUUUUUUAGACAACGAUAGCUACAUCGUCAGUAGUCUCAAUAAGUUUCGUCGUUUUGAAAUGGCUUUGGGCUGGCAACCAGGAAAACUCCUUCAAAACCAGGU